CCAACCCAACCGGAAGACAACAGAUUUUUCUUUUCAUCCUUUGAUACGAUGCAAAUUCUCGACUGUCAACACUGAGCACUGAAGUUUAGUACCUAAAUUAAUAAAAUGCCCUUAUUUGAUGGGUUGGGAAGUGGAGGAGAGAAGACAGCGAUCGUUAUUGAUUUGGGAGCAGCGUUUACAAAAUGCGGCUUUGCCGGGGAAACGGGGCCCAGGUUCAUAAUUCCGAGCGAGAUCCGGAAACCGGGACAGCAGCAGGCCAUCAAAGUGGUUCAAUACAACAUCAACACAGAAGAGCUUUAUGUCAUCCUCAAAGAGUUUAUCCAUUUACUGUACUUCAGGCACCUGCUGGUGAAUCCUCGCGACAGAAGAGUGGUCAUCAUCGAGUCCAUCCUCUGCCCGUCUCACUUCAGGGAGACGCUCACCAGGGUUUUCUUCAAACAGUUUGAGGUGCCCUCUGUGCUGUUUGCCCCGAGUCACCUCAUGGCCAUCAUGACUUUGGGCAUCAACUCUGCUCUGGUGAUGGACUGCGGAUACACAGAGACGCUGGUCCUACCUGUGUAUGAGUGCACUCCUAUUCUGCCGGCCUGGGAGGCUUUGCCUUUGGGAGGGAAAUCCAUUCAUAAAGAAUUAAAUGGACUUCUUGUGGAACAGUGCACCGUGGACACAGACACCACCACUGGGCAGAGCGUACCGGCCGUCAUCGGGACCAUCCCAGAGGAGACUGUAGAGGAUAUUAAGGUCAGAACAUGUUUCGUCAGCGAUCUGCAGAGAGGUCUCAAGAUCCAGGAAGCCAAAUUUAACCUGGACGGUACAGCCGAGCGUCCAGCUCCUCCUCCAGAUGUUGAUUAUCCUCUGGAUGGUGAGAAAAUCCUGCACGUCAAAGGAUCCAUCAGGGACUCUGUGAUGGAGAUCCUGUUUGAACAGGACAAUGAGGAGAAGAGUGUGGCCUCCCUGAUACUUGACGCUCUGGUCAAGUGCCCAAUUGACACCCGUAAGGUGCUCUCAGAGAACCUGGUGGUGAUCGGAGGCACGGCCAUGCUGCCGGGUUUCCUGCACCGGCUGCUGGCUGAGAUACGCCUCCUGGUGGAGAAACCAAAGUACAGCGACGUGCUGGCCAGCAAGAGCCUGCGUAUCCACGCUCCACCCGCCAAGCCCAACUGCACCGCCUGGCUCGGAGGUGCUAUCUUCGGGGCGCUGCAGGACGUCCUGGGCAGCAGGUCGGUGUCCCGAGACUACUACAACCAGACAGGCCGCAUCCCAGACUGGUGCUGCCUGAGCUCGCCUCCUCCCGAGUCUCUGUACGAAGCAGGAAAGACGCCUCCUCCGCUGAUGAAGAGAGCUUUCUCCACAGAGAAGUAGAACGCGCUGAAACACAAUUCAAACAUUUACUCUCCUUAACUCUACGUGAUAGAACAGCUCAGAUAUCUUAAACGUAACAUCAACACAAGCUCAAGUGUUAACGACACAAACAGCGCUAGAUGUUCUUAAUGUCUAGUAGUCACAUGAAUAUUUGUUUGUAUGCACAACUGUUUGAUGAUCAGCUGAGCUGCUUUCUGACCUCACCGGACAGAGCAGAUGUCGGGAUUUUAGGUGUUUGCAUUGAUGUUUACGAGGAUUACAGUGUUAGAAUUUCACGUAGGUCCUGUGCUACAUGCAGCCGCGUCUCCGCUUUCAUUUGAAUUCACAUUAGGUGCGUUUCUGUCAAACUCUUUUUGUGAGCAUUUUGAAUUGCACAUUUGAAAAAAAAAAAAUCUCAAAAUAACACAAAAGUUCAGUUGGAGCAGAUUUAGUGAAUCAAUGAUGGCCUGCUGUUGUUGCACGGCGCCGAAUAUGGUAUUUAACAUGGUUACAUGUACACAGGUCUGUCACCAGAACUCAUCCAAGAGCACAGAGCUGAAAUAUAAGUUACUCAAAACUCAAUAUUUCCAUUGUCCAGUGUGCUCUCAUCUUUAUACAUCCAUUAUUUUCUUUUGUUUGAGAUUUGACUGCCGUUUUUUUUAAUUACAGCAUCUCGUUGCGGUGUCUUCUUUAGUGGCACCUGAGUGGAGAAACUACUCCUCAUCUCAAUGAACCAACUCCCAAUAUGUGUAUAAUAGUAGUGGAUGGGAGGGUGCAUAAAUUGGCAUUUUCUUUUGCUGAUUUUUGGAAAAUUUGGAAAAAAAUUGAACUAAAUUCUGAUGGAAACCUGACUGAUGAGAAAGAAUGAACCCGUUUGUGCUCACCGUAACUCUUACUCACCUUUGUUCUGGAUUUUGAACUGAAAAACAUACCGUUUGCAACAGAAAUGCUACCAGAAAAUUACCAAGUUGAUCCUUAUUCCCCCAAUUUGUCAGCAAAACUGUAAAAAUCUGACUGUUGGUUUUGAGGGUAAUAUCCCUAAAAAUCCACCCCCCACUCCUCUACCCCACCCUCCAAUAAAGGUUCCACUUAUUUAUUGAUUGGAUCUUGCCGUGUAAAAUGGUUGUUGAACUCAAUAAAUGUCCCGUACACUCACA